CUGUGUAGUCAGAGGUUGCUGUUUCUGUGUACUGAAUGGAGGCAGCUUCACCAGCAGCAUGAGGAGAUAGUACAUAGUUAAGUAUUGACCGGCUCGUAUUGUUUGACAUACCAUGACCCAUUUCUUCAGCCGCCACAUUUGCUAAGUAGACAGUUACCGAUAGCUUAGCUAAAGCUAAAGCUAGCUCAGUUUUGUGUGUUGUUUACCCGGCUUCUGUGCGCAAGUGCCUGGACUGUGGAGAAAUGCAGAGAGUGAGGUCCUUAAAAACCGGUUGGCAGCUGCUGAAAACAAGCUGCGAAGGAGCUGCAAAACUGGUUGUCACCUCGCCUUCGACCUCACGAAAUUAUAGCCAUCUCCCUCCUCAGGGCUCCGGCUCCUUCGGGCUCCUCUUUGACAUAGAUGGGGUGCUGGUGCGGGGCAGGACGCCAAUCCCUGGAGCCAAGCAGGUCUUCAGGAACCUGGUGGACCGCAAUGGGAAAUACAAGGUGCCUGUGGUGUUUGUCACCAAUGCUGGGAAUUGCAUGAGGCAGACCAAAGCAGAGCAUCUGUCAGAAAUGCUUGAUGUGGAGGUGUCUCCAGACCAGGUGAUGCUGUCCCACAGUCCUCUGCGAAUGUUUACCCAGUUCCACAAAAUGCGCGUGCUGGUGUCGGGACAGGGUCCUGUGGAGGAGGUCGCUCACAACCUGGGUUUUCAGGAUGUUAUUACUAUAGAUAUGCUCAGGGAGGCAUAUCCUCUUCUAGAUGUCGUCGAUCACGACAGAAGGCCCAAAGGCAGUAUUCCCCCCACCAAAGGCUUACGGCCAAUAGACGCUGUCAUCUUAUUUGGUGAGCCAAUCAGAUGGGAGACCAACCUCCAGCUUAUUGUUGAUGUGCUCCUGACAAAUGGAAACCCAGAAAAUACCUGGAGUUCGCAGCAGUACCCUCACAUCCCCGUCCUGGCCUGUAACAUGGACCUGCUGUGGAUGGCCGAGGCGAAGAAUCCAAGGUUUGGUCACGGUAUGUUCCUGGUGUGCUUGGAGAGCUUGUAUAAGAAGAUCACAGGCAAUGAUCUGAAGUACAAGGCUCUGAUCGGGAAACCCAGCGUGGUGACUUAUAACUACGCUGAGCUGCUGAUUAGACAGCAAGCUGAGACACUUGGCUGGAACACACCUGUGAAGAGGCUGUAUGCUAUAGGUGAUAACCCCAUGGCUGAUAUAUACGGCGCCAACCUCUACAACCGCUACCUUCAGGCUUCUCGGCGCACCAAGGCCCAAAUGCAGGCAACGAGUGGCGGAGGAGGUGUAGAUCCCUUGGCAGAAACCGUAGAUGCCCAAAAAAUGACAUCAUCAGAACUAGGUGGAGCGUCAAGUGUGUUCGGGGCAGAGGAGGACCUCCCCGAGGGGUGCAGCUCCAUGUUGGUGUGCACGGGAGUAUACAGCAGAGACCAGCAGGAGCUGCCCUCGGACACAACGCACACUGUUACAGAGCAGCAAAUCUUCCACGGUCACAGGGACUUCCGCUUCGACCCCGUCCUCUUGCAGCCAUCCUUUGUGGUGCAGGAUGUGAAGGAGGCAGUGGAGCUGGUGUUUCAGCAGGAAGGCUGGCCUCUGGAGUAGGAUGAGUGGCUCUCAAACUGUGGCUUCAUCUCACAGCCGUCCAGUGAACAGCUCUAAUGACCCUUAACUGGUAGUAUAAAAAAACUAGAGUGUUUUGUUUGUUUAUGCCCCUGAUCAUCACAGGGGAGGUGUGGCUGUUUCAGUGGCUUGUUGUUCUUAGAGAUUUUUAUAAAGUGCCACAGAAUAAGCUACAAAAAGCAAUAAAAAUGCAGUUUUAACACUAGAUGUAGGAAAGUUACACCCAUUUUAAAUCAGUCAUGCACACACACACAUCAUUGUUUCCAAUGGCACUACGUACUACCUGUAUAUGUCAAGUUUAUCUACUGCUUCGUGUGUCUUUUCUUGCCUUUGUACGACAGUCCGUAUCAGCUUUCUCUUUUUUUAACGCUCAUGGAUUAAGAAGUGUCUGGGUGUUGAGUUACAUGUAUUUUUACUACACUCUGACUUUUAUGGAGAAUCUGUAAGUUCAUGGGUGAGAGUUAAAAGAGAGUUACACCUUAAACUGGAUAAUGUUCAGAUCGAUUUAGAGAGAGCUCUAUAAAAACACAUCUGCCGGUUCACCUGUGACAUAUUGUCCAGAUAAAGAUGGAUUUUAUUCUUCGCACAACUUUCUACCUAACUGGAUCAUCUUGCCUUUUUAAAAUGCACCCCCACCCCAGCAGGUCUUAACUAGUCCAGUCCUGGUGUUUGUUUUUACUGCUAUCAUAUUUCAGCUUGAUUUGUUUUUAAGGUAGGGUGAAUGCGUAACCACUAAUGCCAAUGAGAUUAAGUUUCCAGGUUUAAUUUUAGUACCUCAUUGGUUUUGAUUUUAACCUCAAUCAAGAGUAGGGUAAUUUUAUUUUAGUAUUAAUUUGUAAAAACUGUUAGAACGAUACAGAAUGAUAUCACAGUUUCAACAGGAAUGGAAAAAAGGUGCUAUUUGUCUGUUAAAUGGUUAAAUAAUGAAUGUUUUAUAUGCGUCUGUAAAAGAGGACUUUUGUGGGAGGAAAGACUGUAUUUGCAGUUGCAGCACCAUCGAAAAUUACACAAAUUGCUGUUUUGUUAUAUUUGUAACUGACAGGUCUCACUAAGUGUGAUUUGCAAACGACUUAAAAUGUACGUUAAAACUGUGGUAAUGUACUUGAAAAAGCCAUACUGUGCAAAGGAAAGAUUAAAAAGGAUGAAAAAGACACA